AGCAGUCAAUCAUAGAACAGGUUGUGUCCGGCUCUCUUUUACUUUCAUGCCAAUGAUCAUAAUCCCAUCCAGAUCGCAGGCUUGUCUUUCGCCUUACAUAGCUAAGGUUCGCAUUUAGAUUCGAUGAAUAUUCAACGAUUGGAAUCGCAAAAAGCCGCGUUCAAGUUAAGAGGACAGAGUGCUGACUUGACCCCAUUUGCUUUAAAAAAGUUCUCGUGCCCGGUCAAGAGUCACUCGAAUAUGCCGAGAAAGUCUUCUUGGUGGGGAAAGAUUUCGGCUAGCCAACAGUUCGAUUCCAUCUGGCAAAACCAGCAGAUUGAAAUAUAGCUACACGUAAAAUGACUCGGUUUAGUGGAGUUUUACUGCUCCUGGCAAUCGUCCUUUUAGCCAUUAUUGUGGCCGAUGCCCUGGCGGAAAAGAGCACUAACAGACAGAAGCAGCUGAGUCCCGGUGUGGGAAAGCAAGGCUUGGGCAACCGCAGGAACAAGCGUCCUAAGCCCCAACAAGGCCAGAAACUGAAACCCAACAAGCAACAGGUGCAGAAAUCCCAAGAUCCCAAGGUUUUCACAGCAACGGUUCCCGCUUUGGGAAGGCUCCGAGGGCGAACGCUCACCACCGAUUGGACUGGAAAGAAGAUAAUACAGUUCUUAGACAUACCGUACGGAAAAGCGGAACGAUUUAAGCCAGCUGAACCAGCACCAUCUUGGAGGGGUGUUCUUCCCGCCCACCGACCGCACGCCGGCUGUCCGUCCAUUCAGGAUCUGAUCGCGUUCGCUAAGCUGGAAGAAAACGGCUUCGAUGUGGAGGACUGUCUGCGGCUAACAGUAAACACCAAGGCGAUGGAGGGCCAGUCCUCGCCGGUAAUGGUGUACAUCCACGGCGACUUCUUCUACGACGGAGACUCCGUGGAGGCGGCUCCAGGAUAUUUGCUGGAGCACGAUGUCGUCCUAGUGUCCAUCCGUUAUCGCCUUGGUCCUUUUGGCUUCCUGUCCACGCUGACCGACGAGAUGCCCGGCAAUGCGGCGGUCACCGACAUUAUCCUGGCACUCAAGUGGGUUCAGCAGCACAUUGCAUCCUUCGGCGGCGAUCCACAGCGAGUGACGCUCUUUGGCCAAGUGGGGGGCGCCGCGCUAGUCAACGUACUCACCCUGAGUCCGGCCGUUCCGGCAGGCCUCUUCCACCGCGUAAUCUAUCAGUCGGGAACGGCUCUGUCGCCCGCAUUUAUUACGGACGCGCCCCUGGGCUCCACCAAGGCCAUCGGAAGGAUUGCUGGUUGCAAACAGCCCGCCAAGGUAGAUCAGCUCAACAAGUGCCUGACCCGCCUGAAUGCCACCAUGCUCCUGGCCGCCUUCAGUGUCCACGGCGAGGAUCAGCCGUCGCUGACGGGUGGAGCGUACGGCGGAGUGCAGCUCGUAAUUGGAGGUCCGUCUGGCAUUCUGCCGGAACACCCUGGUCGCCUGCUGGCCGCCGAGAAGUUCCAGGCAUAUCCCACAAUUGGGGGAAGCGUCAAGCACGGCGGCACCUUCAUGCUCAGAGACAUUUUUGCUGAUAUCUUUAACGAGACGAUUCUGGAUGACAAAAUGACCGCUCGACAGUACAUCGAUACCAUUAUCGAACAUGCCAAUGGAGCGGAUCCCACUGGAUCGUGGAGGGAGUUUUCCGACGAGGAGAUAUUUACUGAUGCUGAUGUGAAGGACGGCAGCUUUAAGCGGCUGACCCCUGGUCUGAUUGAUCUUUGCAGUACGAUUUCUCUAAAGAAUCCAGUGUUGCUGGUCCUGCAGGCCAACGCAAAGAAGUUACCCAACAGUACAUAUUUGUACAGCUUUGACUACGAGGGUGAACAGAAUCGCUAUGCCACAGGUGAGAACGAGGCAAGCUUCGUGCCCUUUGACAUGGGUGUUUCGCUCACGGACGACAACCUGUACCUGUUCCCCUGGCCUCGAUUCCUGUCGCUCAACUCGAACCGCGAUCUCAAGGUGGCCCGGCGCCUGGUGGCUUUGUGGACGUCCUUUGCAACAACGGGGGUUCCACAAGCACCCGGUCUGCCCACCUGGCCGACGAUGAGCGACGAGACUGGGCCCUACCUGAGGAUCGGCCGCACCGUCAGUUUCGGAGAAAAUUACCUGGACGAGUACCGCAUUGCCGUGGAGGAGGUGAAACAAGGAUACAGCCUUGUCAACGAGGACUAUUACGAUCUGGAAUCGGCUCUUUUGGCAACCAGCAAGCAAGGCCAGUGGUCCGGCUUUAACGAGGAGGAUGAACAAGAUGAUGUCGAAGGCGAGAGGGCUGCUAAUGAGGCUCGAGGUCAGAACUUGGUCUUCAUUGCCAGGAAGUCUAUGCACGCCCAGAAGCAGUAAAACCCCCCUCAGACCCAACUUUCGCUUUUACUUUGCUUGAAGAAGAGUCCUAAUAAAUUUGUUUGAU